AUGUCCUCUGUUGGGUUGCUCUACUUACCUGUUUCAAUUUUCUCCUUAAUAUUUGCUUCACAGUUAGCCUUCACUGCUUUCUUCUCAUACUUCCUAAACUCACAAAAGUUCACUCCUUUCAUCAUCAAUUCUCUGUUUCUCCUCACUGUUUCCUCUGCCCUCCUUGUGUUCAAUGAUGAGUCACAGAACAGAAGAAACGUCUCUAGAGAAGAAUAUAUGAUAGGCUUCAUAUGUACCAUCACUGCUUCUGCUGGACUUGGACUGAUAUUAUCUCUGGUACAAGUAAUCCUCAGGAAAGUUUUGAAGAAGCCUACCUUCUCAGCAGUCAUAGACAUGGUCAUCGUCCAGUCUCUAGUUUCAAGCUGUGUGGUUCUUAUAGGACUUUUUGCGAGUGGAGAGUGGAAAUCUUUGACAAGUGAGAUGGAAAGCUACAGACUUGGGAAGGUAUCAUACGUUGUGAAUUUGGCCUCUGCUGCUAUUUCCAUGCAACUCUGCAAUAUUGGCGGUGUAGGAUUGAUCUUUGAGUCAUCUUCUGUGUUCUCUAAUAUCAUAUCUGCUGUGGGAUUGCCUAUAGUACCAGUUGUAGCAGUGAUUGUUUUCAAUGAUGAAAUGGAUGCAUCGAAGAUCUUCUCCAUCAUUUUAGCUAUUUGGGGUUUCCUUUCAUUUGUAUAUCAGCAUUACCUUGACGAAAAGAAGUUGAAGUCUUGCCACAAAAACCUUGUCAAGGAAGAAGAAGAUUCACAAGCUUGA